UAUUAUUUAGUUUUAUUUUAUAUAUUUUUUGUUUGUUUGUUUUGGGGGUAGUGGAUUUAGUUAAACUGCCGAUCCACCGUCCGUUCCUGAAGGUGGCGGAAGUGCGCCAAAAUGUUGCUUGAAAAAGAAGAAGACGAGGAGGAAGACGUCAUCACCGCAUCGACAAGACAAGCUUGUCAACAGACGAUAUUAUGGCCUGCACUUUGGAGAAAGUGUUAGGAGAUGCUCGGACAUUGCUGGAGAGGUUAAAGGAGCACGACACGGCCGCCGAGGGACUCAUCGAGCAGUCGGGGGCCCUCAGUCAGAGGGUGCAGAGCAUGAAGGAGGUGGGGAAUGCUCUCCCAGACAAGCAUGCAGAGGAUUCAUCAGAGCUCCAUGAGAUGAUCAAGUACAAGCCUCAUGUCCUACUCACUCAGGAAAACACUCAGAUCAAGGAGCUCCAGCAGGAAAACAAAGAGCUGUGGCUGUCUCUGGAAGAGCACCAAUAUACAUUGGAGCUGAUCAUGGGCCGUUACCGUAAGCAGAUGCUGCAGCUGAUGAUGGCCAAGAAGGAGUUGGACACCAAACCUGUCCUGUCCCUCCACGAGGACCACGCCAAAGAGGUACAGAGCCAGGUGGAGCGAAUAUGCGAGAUGGGCCAGGUGAUGAGACAAGCCGUGCAAGUGGAUGAUCAACGCUAUUGCUCCAUUCGAGAGAAGCUUGCCCAGUUAGAGAUUGAGAACAAGGAGCUGCGGGACCUUCUGGCUAUCAGCAAGGACUCAAUGGAAGCAGCAAGAGAAGACAGCACCCAACCAGCACCAGCAACAACACAUGAAAACAAACCUCAACACGAGUCCAAUAAAUGAUAUAAAGGGCAUCAUUUGGAACUUUUAGGACAACAAGUAUUGGUCCAUGUUGACUUUGUGUUCACGAUGGAUGACAUUCUGUUCAACCACAACAUUUUUUGUGAUGUAUUGAUGAUAAUUGCCUAUUUUUCUAAUUAUGCACAUGUCCAACUUGGUGGAAAUUCAAUAUUUGCUUUCGAGGCGCCCCAUGACACAUGCAGUAAAGACAGGAACAGCAAAUAUGAUUUAUUUUGUUGUUUUUAUAGGCCGAAUAGAUCUUUAUUCUGCAAGGACUUGGUCAAAGAUCCUUUAUAUAAUAGGAGGCGCUUUGCUUUUUUCACAGUUGGUUGUUUUUUUAAAUGUCAAAAAUUGUUCUUUGUCCUCUAAGGAAAAGAACGUUGAUAUGGUAGACUUGCUGUAAUUUCAGUCAAAUAAAAUAAAAAUGUAAAUAAAAGAUUGCUCUUUUAACUA